UUUUUAAAAAAAAGUUUGGGUACUAUUUUAGUAUUUUCGUCUACAGCAAGACCGACACCUGUAUCAAGCUUCACUGAAACCGGUUCAGCCGGCCCCGCCAUGAUCAGGCCUUAUCAAAUAAGCAUCUGCCCUCUCCCGCCGGCGAAGAUAUCGUCUGAUAUUGAGAAUGUCGUGAAGGUGUUUGUCGUUAUGCCCCAAAGAAAACAGAUCUCUCUAUCCUUUUUCUCUAUUCCUUCUUUCACCACCAGUCUGGAUUUGAUGUGAAGCCAAAGGGGGAAGAGAGAGAUAGGAAGAAACAAAUAAAAAGUUUCAAUCUUUCGUAUUUCUACUUCUUUCAUGCUUUGCAUCACCAAUCUGUUCGGCGUUGUUAACGGCUGCCAUUGAUUUUUCUUCUGUUUAAAUUGCUUUGCCGUGGAAGACAUGGCGCCGAUUCCGAAAUCAAAGAGGCUAUAUCAAGUUUGGAAGGGAGAUAAUAGGUUCUUUUGUGGAGGAAGAUGUAUAUUCGGUCCAGAUGUGGCUUCAUUAUUUCUAUCCAUGUUUCUGAUUGCUGGUCCUAUUAUAACAUUUUCUUACCAAAUAAUUUCAAAAAUUCGAAAUCGUCAGAAGCACCAUGAAGAUUUGAUUCACGAGAACCACCAUGUACUUGGGCUUCCAGUUCUAAUUGUGACCAUAAUCGUCAUGAUUGCGGAUUUGACUUUCCUCCUCCUGACCUCAAGCAGAGAUCCAGGAAUUGUACCAAGAAAUGCUCAAUCGAUAGAAUCAUCAGAAACUUCUGACUUUAACACUCCUUCCAUGGAAUGGAUCAAUGGAAGAGCCCCACAAAUGAGAUUGCCUCGUACAAAAGAUAUUAUUCUGAACGGUUUUGUUAUCAAGGUAAAAUAUUGCGACACUUGCUUGUUGUAUCGUCCACCUCGCACUUCUCAUUGUUCAAUCUGCAACAACUGUGUUCAGAAGUUUGAUCAUCACUGCCCAUGGGUUGGUCAGUGCAUUGGACUACGGAACUAUCGAUUCUUCUUCUUAUUUAUUUCUACUUCCACUUUCUUGUGCAUAUACGUUUUCACUCUUUCUGUCGUGAAUAUUCUGCAAGAGAGGAAACAUUAUCACUCUUUUCUGAAGCUGGUUGUGGGGGAGAUCAUUUCAGCGAUACUAAUGGUGUACAGUUUUUUGUCUGUCUGGUUUGUUGGUGGGCUGACUGUCUUCCAUCUAUAUCUGAUCUGCACAAAUCAGACAACAUACGAGAAUUUUCGAUACCACUAUGAUAAGAAGGAAAACCCAUUUAACAGGGGUAUAUUGAAAAACUUCAAGGAGGUGUUCUUAAAUAUUCCACCUUCAAUGAACAAGUUUCGAGCAAGGGUGCUUGAUCAAGUUGUUGAAUAUGGAGCGCUUGCUCCAAAUAUGGGCAUGGAUAUCGCUAGCUCUACUGAGAAGUUUGAUAUUGAAACAGCCGAUAAGCUUGAAAUGGGUAUCAACUUACAAGUUCCUGCUGUGAACUUAGAUUACAGCUCCAUCAAUGAAAAUCAAGGAGCCAUUAAUAAACAGAAGGGUGAGGCUCUUGAUCCGUCAGAUUUAUCUAAGAUUCAGGAAAAUAAUUAUCAAGAAUCAAAGGAAUUUAAACAAAGUUGCACAGGAGAGACUGAGACUGAAGAUGAACCUGUAACAGUUUGUGUACCUGAUGAAGAUAUACAGCAGCAACCGAUAUGAGCAGAUGAAGAUGAUUACUUCCUUAGUUAUUUGCCCCAUUGGUUUUCUUCAGCAGAUCAAGUUAUUGUCUUUCUUUAUUCAUAUUUGAACCAUCAAUCUUGCAGUUCAAAGUUGUGAAUUAUGGUGCAAAAUCCAAACUAAUUGAAUAUAUCCAUUCUUCUCUUCAAUUACUCAA